AUGCCCAAACGACGCAGAGAUGAUGAACCCAAUCUACCCCCAAAGCGUAUUCGCAAUGAUGGGAAAUCAACCGAUCGGCUAUCCAGUCUGAGCAAUGAGUUGCUGCUCCAUAUCCUGUCGUUUCUGCCGGUCUCCUCGUUGAACGUUUGUCAAAGACUGUCUCGUCGCUUUCAAACUCUGGGGGGUGACUCAGAGUUAUGGAAAAGGCAAUACUACUCUCAAUGGGUGCAGCCCCGUGCUCGCCGCCUGGCCAAUUCUCGACGUACCACGCUGCCAACUAAAGUGGAUUACUCUCCUCGGGUCGCGACCUGGUUUGACCAUGGACACUUGGCACAUGAGGGUAAUUGGAAAAGGCAGUACCGGCUACGGCACAAUUGGUCCAGAGGACUAUGCCGAGUGACAGAGGUCGAAUUCCCCGAGCCACCAUGCCCUCCCACUCUGGUCAGGUUCUGUGCCGGCAUCGUCUUUACUGUUGAAUCGGCCCGUGGACUGAGGGCAUGGACUGCCACAGACCCUGCUCGUUGUUUAGCCAGUAUCUCUCUGUCAAGCCCGGAUUCGCCAGUGACCCCAACCGCCUUGGCAGUAAGCCAUGCUCAUGGGAAGGUUGAGAUCUCAGCGGGAAUGGGCAACGGCCAUAUAAGCCUGUUCCUACUAGAUCUACAAACGUCUAAACUGGAGCUGCAGUCCUCUUAUUCUGCCGGCAAUGGGACCAUCACCGCAAUGGCUCUGUCAACGUCAUACCUCCUGGUGGUAUCCCAGUAUAAAAAUCUGAUAUUGUACAAGCUACAUUAUGACAGCCACCAAGCAGGGGGAUCUUCUGGAGCCGCUGUGCCUCGCCAACUUGCCUCUCUCAAAGCAGACAACAUAGUGGCCCCCAUGACGUUGUCUCUCCGAGUGUCACAGUCGGAAAUCAUCGCCACCAUUGUGUACAGUUUCUUCCACAUUGGCUGCGGGUGGUCUCUUGGGAUCCAGGAGCUUCGAUUAGGCAAGGACGGUCAACAGCUUGGUUCGCGAUUGGCCACCACGGUGGAUUCUCAAUAUGGUGUCCGGCCGUCACAAGCCUUGCAAUCUGGCAAGCGACACUCUGCAGCUGAGCCAGAACAUAUUCAAUCCACCCCCAGUGCACCAUUCAUUCUCCACCAGCAGCCGCCAACCUCCAUGUCCUAUUCGCACCCAUACUUGCUGACCUCUCAUGCUGACAACACCUUGACCAUGUAUCUGGUGGUCUCUACCGCGGAUAAUCUAUUUGUGCAAGGGGGUCGCCGGCUUUGGGGCCACACCUCGUCUGUCUCCGCAGUCCAGGUUACCAAACGAGGCAAGGCGGUUUCAGUCAGCUCUCGAGGAGAUGAGAUCCGGAUCUGGGAGCUGGAGACGGCCAUAUCCUCCCUCGGCACCCGCAAAGCCCCCAAGGAGGAGCAUGGGAUCCCACUUAGCACGGGGAGUAGACACGAGCCAGAGCCGGCACUUCCCAGGACGCUCUCCGAAAGCCUGAAUAGCACAGACCGAGAGACCAGCCCCUUGUCUAAAAUGCAAGACUGUGUUGGUUUUGACGAGGAAAGAGUACUCCUCCUCCGCGAAAGAGGGGUGGGCACACAACUCCUUGAAUGCUACGACUUUACAUGA